AUGUCGAGAGGGAGCUCACCUUACUUCUGUGCCUUUUCUCCGGAUAGUCAACUGAUCGCAUCCGUAACGAAUCGCGGUGAGGUGCAAAUCUGGAAUGCCACCACGGGAAAAAUGCAACAUGUCUUCCGUGAGUCGGAGUCUUGUGUAUAUGCCGUUGCAUUCUCGCCCACAACCGCUGGUUUGCUAGUGACCACAAACGGGAGCAAGGUCAACAUCCAAGACAUGACGGCCGGGCGAUUGAAAGCAACUCUAGACCCUAUGUUGGGAUGUACUGUGCAGGGUGUGACAUUUUCGGCUGAUGGAACGAAGCUGGUAGCAGCCAUCGGCAACCAUGUCGGCAUCUGGGAUGUUCCAUCCUUCGAGAGGACUCUCAUUCCUGCAGGCUUUGAAAUUACCCCCGUGAGGUAUGUGCAGUUCGGUACGAAUAGCAACUUCUUGCUGUCGUUAUCCAACUCCCGUGUCACUGUGUGGACCAUGGAAGAUGGGCGGAAUGUCCGCAAAGCAGACCUGGAUGAAAACAGUCAGAUCAAUGCAACUUCACUCUCACCAAAUGGAAUGUAUGUGGCAUUGGCUAUCCAUUCUCGACUCCGCAUCAGAAAUACGGGUCAAAGCAAUGCUGGUGGGGAGAUGUCAUUGGAAUGGAAUGGUGAAGAGAUCACAUCGCUGGCGUUCUCCCCUGACGGUACACUCCUUACCGUAGCAAUGUUGAUCGGAGAUUUCAAGAUAUUACAGCACCCGUGGACCGACGAUCCAGUACAAACGUUGAGAGGCCAUGAUAGCCUUGUAUCUCAGCUCUCCUUCUCGGCUUCCGGACACUAUCUCGUAUCCCGUGAAAUGUCUGAAACGUCACGAAUCUGGAAUGUGGGCCACAACAGCCCGAAUCAUGAGGCAGGCCAUCUGGACGCCAUUACCUGCAUCGAGCUUUCAUCGGAUGGAAGAUAUCUGGUAUCUGCAUCGCACGACGGGAGUCUCUGUCUCUGGGACGGGAACCAAGGAACCUUUAAAUGCAAGAAAGGGGAUGAUAAUUCAAUUGCCUUCACCAUCCAGUUUUCCGGCGACGGCAAUCGUCUCGUUACAGGGGCCCACGACGGGGUCGUCCGCCUUUGGGACAUAUUUAACAGCACCCUAACGUGCACUCACCGCUUCGCCGAGCAUAGUAAAUCGGUCAGGGCGAGGGGAGAGUGA